AUGCAACCGGAGACUACAACUGACAACGCAACCAACAACGGAUUUGCUGAAGGCUUCGCUGCUCAAGAGGGUGAACAAGGAGACUCCGGUGGUUUCAACGGUGGAUGCCACAAUUGCGGCCAAGAGGGACAUAUCGCUCGUGAAUGCCCUGAGCCACGAAAGAUGGGAGCUUGUUUCAAUUGUGGUGAGGAGGGUCAUACCAAGGCCGAGUGUCCUGCUCCACGCAAGUUCAAGGGUGAAUGUCGCAACUGCGGACAAGAAGGUCACAUGCUCUCCGAUUGUCCAACUUUUGUUGAGAAGUGCAAGAACUGCCAACAAGAAGGUCAUAACGCAAUCGACUGCAAGAAUCCGAGAUUGAUUGACAACCAUCGCAUCGCUGACAAGUCGGAGGACGAGGCCUGGGCACUUCUCAAGCAGGCUAGUGACGAGAAAGACAUUGGCGACUUCAAAGAAGCUGUCCAGAUCCUCUCCAAGGCUGCCCCUGAUCUCACCUAUGCUCGUCUCGAGAAAGAAUUCCGCAAGCGCGAUUUCAACAUCUACCUCAUUGCUAUGGAGAAGGAUACUGGUGAGACCUGGACCAAUGUCAACCUUCAGGGUGAGACUGGCAAGAAGUAUGCUGUGAGCUACUUCACAUCCGGUAAACCUCAGCGUCCUACACUCAUCGAGAAAUGGCCUGCUUCUCCUGAGGAGAACAUGGAUCGCCUUGCUAAUGCUGGCAUACCCCUCGACCGUGGUGUUGAUCUCUGCCGCAAUUGCGAGAAGGUCGGUCACAAGUCCAAGGACUGCCCAGAGGAGAGAAUUACACGUGAACAAGUGGUUGUUAUCUGCUAUCUCUGUGGAGAGGCUGGUCAUCGUGUUCGCGACUGUACUCAGGAGCGACAGAAGCCCGGACGCGCUUGCAGAAUCUGUGAAGCCGUGGACCACAUUGCCAAAGAAUGCCCCAAUCGCGAGAAGCAGACUUGCCGUAACUGCAGUUCUGAAGAUCAUUUGGCUAGGGAGUGUCCAGACCGCGAGAAGCGUACAUGCCGAAAAUGCGGUGAAGAGGAUCACAUUGCCAAAGUAUGUUUUGACAAUCCUCGUCCUGGCAGAAAAAGAACCUGCAACAUCUGUGACGCUGAAGACCACAUGGCUAGGGACUGCCCCAAGAAAGAUGAAGCGGGACCACGCCCUCGGAAGGACUAUAGCCAGGUUGUCUGCAGUCUCUGUGAGCAGAAAGGACAUGGUCGUGCCAGAUGUCCCAAGGCUGUGCCAGGAGCAGGAGAGAACGGUGCAGUCAAGGCCGUCGAUGAAGCUCCAAUUGGCAAUGGAUGGGCGGGUACUCAGAACACCGGCACUGCGCAAGCAGAGUGGGAAGAGGGUGCAGCAUCGACCGUUGCGGCUCCAGCUCCAAAUGCUCCCGCCUGGUAG